AUGAAGUUAAGUGGAUGUAUUGCGGCCACGGUGUUGGCAUUUGUGCCAUCCAGUUUCGCAUUAUUGGCGCAGAGAGCAGAGUCUGCUGCGUAUGUGCGGUUUGAUUUGGACAAGACAAGGGGAAAUGACUUUAGGUCGUCGGAGAAGGGGGUUAUGCCUUUUGGCGAGUUGAAGAAGAGGGACGAUGAGUACGUUGAUGUGAAGAUCCACAACGAGCAGACGUUUUAUUCUGUGAAUUUGAGUAUUGGUACGCCUGCGCAGGAAGUGACGGUGUUGGUUGAUACUGGAUCCAGUGACUUGUGGAUUAUUGGGGCUGAUGUUGAUUGUGGUCCAGACAACAGUGAUAGUACGGAACCGUUGGAUUGUUUCGAGUACGGUGCUUUUGACAAGUCGAAGUCUUCCAGUUGGAAGAACAACCACACUGAGUUCUACAUCAGCUAUGGAGAUACUUCAUUUGCUUCUGGGGAGUGGGGAACUGAUAAGUUAGACUUGGGUGAUUUGAAUGCCGAUGGGCUAACGUUUGCGGUUGCCACCGCUUCGAACUCUUCGGUUGCUGUUUUGGGUAUUGGGUUGACUGGUAUUGAGGUCACGAGGGCUUCUGGUGAUAACGGUUACGAGUAUGACAACCUGCCAAUUGUUUUGAAGCGUAACGGUGUUAUUGACAAGACUGCGUAUUCUUUGUAUCUAAAUGACUUGGAUGCUACCUCUGGUAGUGUGCUGUUUGGUGCUGUUGAUCACAGUAAGUAUACAGGUACUUUGGCUACGGUUCCAUUGGUUAAUGUUAAUGCUCGCUACGGUUUCCCUAAGCCUAUUGAGUUGCAUAUCACCUUGAAUGGUCUGGGCUUUUCUUCCGGAAAGAAGCGUGGCACCAUAUCCGCCACCAAAGUUCCUGCGCUGCUGGACUCUGGUACCACUCUAAGUUACUUCCCAACAGAGUUAGCUGCUGCAAUCGCCUCUAACGUUGGUGCCGUCUGGAACGCAAGACUCCGGAAGUUUUUGAUACCUUGUUCUCAAGCCAAGCGUAAUAAUAUCGACCUAAUCUACAACUUCGGUGGGGUGGAAAUCACCUCCCCUCUGGUAAACUACUUGUCUGAAACAAACGUUGAGGACGUCUGUCUUCUAGGCAUUGUCCCAACCAGCUCGAAUGAUAUCAUCCUAGGUGACGUCUUCCUAACCAGUGUUUACACUGUCUACGACUUGGAAGCCUUAGAGGUUUCUAUUGCACAGGCAGCCUACGGCGCCUCAGCCGAGAAAGAAAACAUCGAGGUGAUCAAGUCCACAGUCCCAGGUGCCACUAAAGCCCCUGGCUACUCAAACACUUGGUCUACUUACGCUCCCAUCUCCACGGGAGGAAACAUGUUUAACGCUGCCGCUAAUCAUAGCGAAGAAUCGCAAGGCCAAUCUCUCGAAAACCGUUCCACCCAGAACGCUGCUGUCGGACUGUCGCCUUCCGUGAUCUUCGCCUUCCCAAGUGCGGUCUUGAUUGGCAUGCUAUCCUUAUUUUUCUAA